AUGCGUUACGAUCGUCACCGGAAGCGCUGUGGACACUUCGGUGGUGGACAGUUUCAACGAUACAGAGAAAAGCAGCUAGCAGAAGGAACGACGGUUCUACAGAAUGGCAAACAAAUCAAUUUCACGGUUGAUGUCGAUGCAUACGAUGAUGUUGGUGAUGAUGACGACGACGACGCAGCUGACAACGAUGAACGAACGAUUUUUGAUGUCAUUAUUGUAUAA